AUGUCCAGCUCGAGCGCGUCUUCCAUAACCGGCAAGGCCCUGACCGGCUCGCACGUCCUCAAGAUCGACGGCUACUCACGCACCACGGGGAUCGGCACCGGCAAUUGCGUCAAAUCCAGGCCGUUCACCGCCGGAGGCCACAAGUGGUGCCUGGAGUACUACCCGGACGGCUACAACUCAACCUACGGCUCCAACUGGAUAUCCAUCCCGUCUCCGUCUGGCCGAGGCUGGCCAAGUCAGAGCGCUUUCAUCAAGAACGAGGAUCUGCUCAAGUCGGCGUACCUCAAGGACGACUCUUUCAGCAUCAGGUGCGAUAUCACCGUGGUGACGGAGAUCGUUGCCGAGGACGUCGUCGUGGCCACUGCUCCCGCUGUUGGACUUGGUGUCAAGAAAGAGGCACGUGGCGUCUGA